AUGGCGGAGGAAGGGCACAGGGUUACCUUGAAUGUGUAUGAUCUCAGUCAAGGACUGGCACGUCAGCUCUCCACAACAUUCCUCGGGAAAGCAAUUGAGGGUAUUUGGCAUACAGGAGUAGUGGUGUACGGCAAUGAAUACUACUUUGGGGGAGGCAUACAGAAGGACACUGCAGGAAGGACUCCAUAUGGAACACCGAUCAAAGUCGUAGAGUUGGGAGUCACACAUGUACCCCAGGAUGUAUUUGAAAUGUAUUUGGAUGAGAUUAGCUCUCGCUACACGGCUGAAACGUACAGUUUACUCAAACACAAUUGUAACAAUUUUAGCAACGAGGUUGCACAAUUUUUGGUUGGGGCAUGCAUUCCAGACUACAUUCUUCAGCUUCCUAAUGAAGUUAUGAGCAGUCCUAUGGGUUCUCUUAUAUUGCCCAUGAUUCAGAAUCUAGAGUCGACACUGAGAGCAGGGGCUGUCCCUCAAGCACCACAAUUCAGGCCCACAUUGUCUAGCCAGCAAGCACAAACUGCAAAUACAUCCGCAGCUAAUGGUGCAUUAUCUUCUUCUGGACAAGCUGCAUCUAAGGAGUAUGGAGAUAAAAUCAUGUCAGAAAACAAGACUCUAUCAGUUAACACUGUCCCUCCUGCCAUUGAGCCUUCCAAAAGCGAGAAGAGAGCCUCUGUCGCCGAUCCUCUUGGAGAUGCGAGAAGCAAAGUGCAGGAUGAGAUUAGUCGAGAAUUUGCUGCCAUCAUGGCUCAGGGCACAGUGCGUGCAAGCGAGGCCGCUGCUCUUGCAACUAGAAGAGUCAUGCAGAGAUAUGGGAGUCUGAAUGUUGCCUCGCCUCGUAGUUAA